AUGGAGGCGCCGCUGUCCAAGGUGGGCUCCAGCCUGGGGACGCAGGAAGGCGGGCGCCGCAGCAGCACGAGGGGGCACCGAGGUCACCCUGCAGAACCAGAGAUGGGGCCGAGGGGCGCAGCCACGGUGGUCGCGGGGCUGUGGGUCUUGGUGACGGUGAGCGAGGCGGCGGACCCUGGCGCGGCGACACCCCGGCGCUGCCUGCUGUCACACUACCGCUCGCUGGACCCCAGGGUGCUGGCGGCGGUCAAGGCGCUGAGAGACCGCUACGAGGAGGAGACUCUGAGCUGGAGGCCGCGCAACUGCUCCUUCCGCCCAAGGAGGGAUCCUCCGCGGCCCUGGGUGAGGCGGGCGAGCCGUCGGGGGGGCAGCGCGGGCCCUGAGGGCGGCCUAACCGCCGGCUCCCGGAAGUUUCCCGGCACCGGCCCGACCCUGGAGCUGCUGGCGGCCGCGCGGCGGGACGUGGGGGCCUGCCUCCGGCUGGUGCAGCUGGUCUCCUGGAGGAAGUCCCUCCGGCCCCCGCGGAGGCGUCCCCAGACACGCAGAGCUGUCUCGCCUGGGUGCCACGAAGCCAGCGUCAUCUUCAACCUGCUGCGCCUGCUCACGUGGGACCUGAGGCUGGUGGCGGACUCGGGGCCUUGUCUGUGA